AGUGCGCUGGCUAAGGAGCUGAGAGAGUUGAGGGUAGAGGAGGGCAGUAGACCUCCAGUGAAGGUGACAGACUACUCAUCCUCGAGUGAGGAGCGAUCAGAGAGCAGCGACGAGGACGGAGAGACAGGGCAAGAUGGAACUGUGGCUGUCAUGCCACAGCAGGGUGAAGCGUAUGGAGGUUUGACUGAAGAACCUCUGGCAGGCUCCUUCAACACAACACAGGACAGCACUCUGAUCAUGACAGAGGCGGAGGAGAGGAGGAGGGCAGCAGGCCAUGGUGAGAGUAACGGGUUCCACAGCAACCAUCACGGCAGCGGUAACCAAGGCAAUCUCCCUGACCUGGUCCAGCAGAGCUCCUCCUCUUCACCCUCAACCCUGGAUGCACUGAAAGAGCAAUUUGGAUGUGAAGCAUCCUUCUCCCCAUUCGGUGACCCACGGUCCUAUCAGACCUCCCCUACAGAAGAUGAGGAACAGAGCUCAGCUGGUCUGUUCACCAGUGAGUUGCUGCAUCAGGAGCAGGCCAGACUAGCCGAGGCCAGAAAGAUCAGCGUGGUCAACGUGAACCCAACCAACAUACGACCUCACAGUGACACACCUGAGAUACGCAAAUACAAGAAGCGCUUCAACUCUGAGAUACUGUGUGCUGCUCUCUGGGGUGUUAACCUGCUGGUGGGGACAGAGAAUGGUUUGAUGUUGCUUGACCGUAGCGGUCAGGGGAAGGUCUAUAACCUGAUAACCAGGAGACGCUUCCUACAGAUGGAUGUCCUGGAGGGACUUAAUGUCCUGGUUACUAUAUCAGGGAAGAAGAAUAAGUUGCGUGUGUACUACCUGUCCUGGCUGAGGAACAGGAUACUCCACAAUGACCCAGAGGUGGAGAAGAAGCAGGGCUGGGUCACUGUAGGAGAGCUGGAGGGCUGCGUACACUACAAAGUCGUAAAGUACGAGAGGAUCAAGUUCCUGGUGAUCGCUCAGAAGAACGCAGUGGAGAUCUAUGCCUGGGCCCCCAAACCCUACCACAAGUUCAUGGCCUUCAAGUCGUUCACUGACCUGCAGCACCGCCCCCAGCUGGUUGACCUGACGGUGGAGGAGGGGCAGAGGUUAAAGGUCAUCUACGGCUCCAGCCUGGGCUUCCAUGUCAUCGACGUCGACUCUGGCAACCCUUACGACAUCUACGUCCCCUCACACAUUCAGACCCAGGUGACUCCCCAUGCCAUCGUGAUUCUUCCUAAGACAGACGGGAUGGAGAUGUUGUUGUGUUAUGAAGAUGAGGGAGUGUACGUCAAUACCUACGGACGCAUCACUAAAGACGUUGUGCUGCAGUGGGGAGAGAUGCCUACUUCUGUUGCCUAUAUCCACUCUAGCCAGAUCAUGGGCUGGGGGGAGAAGGCCAUAGAGAUCAGGUCUGUGGAGACAGGACACCUGGACGGGGUCUUCAUGCACAAGAGAGCCCAGAGACUCAAGUUCCUGUGUGAGAGGAAUGACAAGGUGUUCUUUGCGUCAGUGAGGUCUGGAGGCAGCAGUCAGGUCUUCUUCAUGACCCUCAACCGUAGCUCCAUGAUGAACUGGUGAAACUAACUCCUCCCACCAUCUUCCCAUUGGCCUGCUCAGCUGUCCAUCACGGGCUAAGGCUAAUUUCAUAAGCCAAUUAAAACAAUGGACCAAGAGAAUCAAAUCGCAACCUGAAUCAAACAAGUUAAUUGAAUAAUGGGAGAGUCCAAUACUGAAUCUAACUGAGAGAAUCCAACGCUGAAUGAAUCGAACGCUGAGAGAAUCAAAUAUCAAAUCAGUGUGAAAGAAUUUAAUUGUAAAUGAAUCAAGCUCUGAGAGAAUCAAACUUGAAGACAGUGAAACACUGAGAGACUACAACACUGUAACAGACUUAAUGGACUAUAAAGAUUAAAAUAAUAAAAAGAUACAUGACUAUUAAGAAGAGGAGUCUGAAGGUAGAGGAGUGUUUGGAUCAACAGGGGCGCUGGUUUGCCGGUUUUCCAAGAUCUCGACUACCGUCUGUGGAGACGAACCGGUACUUCCGGAUCCUAAUCCUUCUUUCUCUCCUCCACUUCACCCUUCACUUCCCCUCUCUCUCCACCACUCCACCCCUCUUCUCUAAAAUAUCAGCUAUGUCCCUUUAAAACAAAAUCACAGCCUCUGUCUCCCUCCUCUUCUCCAUUCCUCCUUUCCUCUUCUCCUCCCAUCCCUCUCUCCACUCUGAAGUCUUUCCAUUCUCAAGGUGCUGCAUCAGAUAAACUGUAAUGUUAUAACAGAAAGGAGAACCACAACAUUCUGCUGUUUACUAGAAAUAUGCUUUCAUUCUGUCUUUUAAAUAACACAUUGUUCAAGUUCUGUUUCUUGUUUAUUUAGGUACUUUAAAAUGAUUUUUGAAUUGUAAUGUUUAAGAGCUUGAUAACUUGCACAGCACACGGCUAGUUUCUGUCGUUCAGUUUGUGUGUUUUAUUUUAUGCUGAAAUGCCAGAGUAAAACCUGAUUCAACUGAGAAUCAUUUGAGAAUUGUCUGAGAAUGAACCACUCUGUGUCUGUCUGUCUUAUCUGUCUCUGUGUGUAAAGAAUUAUUGUGUAAAGCUGUCCCCCACCUGAGUCUGAUUUGAUUGGUCUGGUCUGAUUGUGACUCCUUCCUGUUUGUACAGUGCCUAGCAUGAUGAAGCAAACAUCACACAGAGGCCAACUGAUUUAUUUACCGUUGUUUUGUUCAUGCUUUUCUGUUGGUUUACCAUUUUAUAUUAACUAUUUGAUAGCAUCUUAUGUCCUUAGAUUGAACAUGAUCAUUUUAUCUUAAACAAAACUUAAUUUAUAAAAAUAAAAAACUGUUUAAGACA